GUUCACAAGCAAGCAUUUUUUUCCUUCUUGUAUGAAACAAGUCAAUUGUUAGAUUCCAUACGACUCUUUUGCUUUGGUUAUCGUUUCAUUGUUGUACCUUCUGCUGUGAAGCAACUCUGCCGUAGCAGAAAAAGAAGAGGAGAGACAACAAACAUAUAAAGUACCUGUGUGUUUGUGUGUGGAGCAUCAUCAUCAUCAACAUGGGCAGCGGCAACGCUAAAGGGCACAUUCCUGUGCGCAGCAAAGGCACCACUGAUGGAGACUGCACCAUCAUCCCCGUCAAGCCCAACGGCGUCCGCACCGCCUCCCCUCUCGCCGCAGCUGGACGACAGCACACCAACAACAGUACCGGAACGGCGACCUAUGUGCCGGACAUCGCACUGCCGCGGAUGUCGCCCGUCAAUCGAAACGGACACGAUUAUCCGACUGGGACAGGGGGAGGCAGCCCGUUGAUCCACAGCGAGCCGGGUAACAACGUCAGCCGCUCCGUCUCGUCCCCACUUGCGGACAACUCCCCGAUUCCGUUGUCUGACUUGGCGAGCCACGUCGGUUACAUUGGUUUGACAGACGUCGUCGGCGCGGCGGAGAACGGGAGCAAGUACAUUAAAAUACGGGCGAUUGGCAAAGGCGCCUACGGGGAGGCGUACAUUGUGAGACGCAACCCCGCGUACGACCCGUCCGCCCACCCAGCCGCGGAGGCGCAGAUUCAAAGCAACGCCCUCGCCAACCCAACCCAGCCAAACGGCUUGUACGUGGCGAAGAUUAUGGAUCUGCGUGCGAUGCAGACGCAGGACCGGCAGUACGCGCAGACGGAGAUUAUGUGCCUCGCGCACACCCAUCACUUCGCCAUCAUUCGCUACUAUGAGCACUACGUGCUCGACAGCGAUGCGGAGACGGUCGUGAUUGUGACCGAGUUUGCGGACCACGGCGACCUGCGGCAGAACCUUUAUAGCACCUCCAGCCCUCCGCCGACGUUCCUCGGUGCGGACAGCUUUUCGCCCUCCAACGCCGGUCCAGGUGCGGCCGUGGACGGCGCGGAGUCGGGUGCUUCCCGAAUGCUGCUCUCCGAGCGCGAGGCGGGAACAUACUUUGUCCAACUCCUCCUGGCCCUUCAUCACAUUCACGCUCGGCGUAUGAUUCACCGGGACAUCAAAAGCGCGAAUCUGCUGCUUACCUCCCGUGGCUUUCUCAAGCUCGGUGACUUUGGCUUCUCGCAGAAGUACGAGAGCACCGUGAGCAGCGAAACGAUCGCGGGCACCUUCUUGGGGACGCCCUACUACCUAUCACCGGAAAUGUGGAAAGGAAAGCGCUACGGCAAGAAGGCAGACAUCUGGGCUGCGGGUGUGGUGCUCUAUGAACUGCUGAUGGGCGGACGCCGUCCGUUUGAGGCCGGCGGGCUGCCGGAGCUGCGGAGCUGUGUGUUGGAGCAAGAGUUUAUCCCUCCAACGGCACCAUUGCCCUCCGUCAUUGCAGAGUGCCGUCACGGCGAGAGCACGGCCGCGCCCUUCUCAAACGACAUGCGAGAGCUGCUCGUCGCGGUGUUUGAGAAAGAGCCAGAGAGGCGCCCGAGUGCGGAGGAGUUGCUGCACCGUCCCAUCAUGCAGCAUCACCUCUACAUGUUCGAAAAGCACGUGCAGUCGCUGGCCAGCGCCGACGCGGCGAAGCUGGCGGUCGACCCGUCGCUGGAUCGACAACAGCUGUUCUUCCCGGAUGCGGCUGAUCAAACGUUGGUUCUGCAAGGCAUUGCGGAGGGAAAGCAGGUGAUCGAGAACGAGGCGAAGCGGACGAUAUCUGAGGGCGCCGCGCCGCGCUACGAGGGUGUCGUGUACAAGGACAGCCACAACGGCGUAUGGAAGGAGCGGUAUCUGAUGUUGGACGGCAAUAUGCUCACCAUCUCACUGUCAAAAGGAAAGGAGGCGGUGAGUGGUGGAGAGCGGAGCAAGCGUGUGCCGCUGUCGUCGAUCAAGUCCGUUAGCCCAUGCGAGGUGGAGGACGCGCACGUGCGCGUGGCGGCGUCGGCGCCGGGUGGCUACAAGCCGCCCUACGCGUUUGCCGUGGCGAUGGUGAGCUCCAACUCCAUCGUGUUCGGCGUCGCCAGCGCCACGGAGCUCGACAAGUGGAUGCACACCCUCAUGCGAGCUCUCCAAAUGGAUUAG